GCCGCAUCUUUUCACUUUCAGGUCUUUAAAGCGAAGAAACUACUUAUAGCUCCUUCUCGUUUUGUCCUUGCCAAACACCACAUACAUUUCUCCCAAAUCAACUUCGCUUUUUCAAGUCCUUUUUGUUUCCCUAGCCAUCGUUUCCAUCCGGGAAUCAACCAUCCCACCGCAAUCCGUCCGAUCCAUCAGUUGAAACGUCUGGUGCGACGUCACGGUCGAAUACAGAUCGAAGAUUAUAAGUGAUGACUUUUUCUGCUUCUUUUUAUUGGAGAUCGGUUGUCCUUCCGAAGGAUUGGCAGAUUGUGAGCACCGCGAUCUGAGAUUUGCCAGGUACGCGAUACGAUGCCCAUUAAACUGCCCGCUCAAUUCUAAUUGCGUAACAAGACGAGUUUUUGCCUGGUUUGUCACUUUGAUCCUCAUCAUGGACGUUCGCGUGCAGCCAUCCGAGUCCAUCUCCUCGGCAAAGCCCAUCAAGCGCUCUAUUGCCGUGGAACUUGAAGGCGAGAGCGAUCCGACGGCGAAACGAGCAAAGCGCUCGAAGCAUGGCAAAAAGAAGCGAUCAAAGGAUAAGCAAGGCUCGGAUGCCCAGAUUGUCCAGGAUGAUUGGAUCUGCUUCAAGACCAGCCCAGUUACUGGCGAUCCGAUGGCACCAAUAACUUCCCCAAAGUCCGACCUUCCCAACCCGUUCCAGGUGGCUGGCAAAGCUCAGGCGCCGAAAGCAUCCAAGGAAUCCGUGGGCGAACCGAGUCACAAAGAUGAGGACCAGGUCAUGGAGGUCGACCAAGACGAGACCCCGAGCCGGAAAGCAAGCCACAAGAGUCAGAAGGCCGAGGCCAACACCAGAAAAUCCAGAGCCAGGAAAGACUUGAAGCGUGCACUGGAAGAGGCGGAUGCCAAAGUCGCAAGCGAUAACAAUCCACUCACUACUCAGAUGGGUGAAAAGAAACUUGAAUCUGAUCCCUUUGUUGGCAAUGGCUUCACGUUUGGGACUCAGACUAGUCGGGGGAACAUUCCACCUCUUCUGAAUGACACUUCAAAAGAGGCGGGAAGCCACGAUGACGACCUGAGCGAUGAGGAGCGCAUCACCCCCUCUUCAGCUGGACUCGAGACCCUCAAGACCCUCAAGUCGAUCAACAAACACCUCAAAUCCCUCGGCGGCAAGCUCGUCGCUGAGUCCGACCAAUCUCUCGCUCAAGAGAUCCAAUCUAUUCACAACAACACGGCGCAGAUCCACCAGCGUCUUGAGAGCGACGCCCUCCGAGCCGCCAUCCGCCACGAGAUCCUCUUUAACGCGCUCAAGAAGGUCUCGACAGACAUAAACCUCCUGAGCCAUCAAUUCCAGCUGCAGAGUCAGGGCCAGGGCCACAUGGACGAGACCGCGGUGCCACUCCCAGCAGCCAGCGACAAUACCACCGUAGCGGCAACCCCGCGCUCGUCAAAGGGUGCAAGGGAGAAUGACUGCAACACCAACAAGGGGAAGAAAACUGGUGCCGGUGGCAUAACCAGCAGUAACGGGGCAAGCCAGGCGAUGCAGCAGUCUCGUAAGACGCUCGAGAGGUGCCUGAGCGGCUUCACCGAGGACAUGAACAAGGCAAAGACUGUGCAGGAGGUCAGCAAGUACGGCAUGCUAUGCGUGCAGUAUGCAGGGGAUUUGUUCAAGACUUUGGGCUGAGGCUUGUUGCCGGUCACCGGUGGGCGGCUCGGGCCGGGCUUGUGUCUGUCAGCGAAAACGGUGGCCUGUACUCCGUAGCAAGGAAGCUACUCUGUAGAAUGAGUCGCCUCGAAACCACAGUGGAAUAAAUGAGAUG